AUGCCCUUGAAGGGCCGUGAACGGUGCAGUAAGAGGAACCAACAGAUAGCAACAUCUUAUUAUGACUCCACACUCUGCUCCACCGCCGCGGGGCCCUUCUCUGCCAUCACAGCUGUCUCUCCGGGCCGGUGCCGGGGGGCGGUCCGCGCCGGCGGGGCCGCGGGGGGGCAGCGCGGCUCCGGGGGCUCCGCCAAUCGCGGCCGUUCGCCGCCUGCCGGGCGGCCCCGCCGCAGUGGGCUGCCGAGCGCCUCGCCACCGCCUCCCGCAGCCCCGCCGCCGCGGAAGGGAACCUCCGCCCGCUCCGCCCGCACCUGCGGCGCCGGGAGGGUCCCCGUCCCGCCCGUUCGCCCCCGGGGUCUCGCCGUGCGGGCUCGGGGGCGCGGGGCGCGGCGUGAGGCGCUGAAGGGGCUGCGGCCCCUCGGCUGCCUCUGUAUGGAUACUAAACCAGAGUGCAGUUCCUGUGUAGAAACUGAGGACAGAAAAGAAUUAAAAUGUACUUCAGAAAAAAAGCUCCCAUGAAGAUUAAAAAAAGAAUAUAUACAUCUUUUCAAACGCAAGGCACAAGGU